AUGACGAACCAAGAGCCUGCCACUGCCCCUCCGCCCUAUACUCCAGCAGACACUCCAACGGAUGCCGCCAGCGAGACCACAUCCACGGCGGUCAAUGAAAUUCCGAAAAAGAUUCCCUCAAUUGAACAAUACUGGUACAAAAAAGGGAUAUUCGGUCUAUACUCCCGAGCCACCCUCCGAAUUCUCCAAUUCAUGUUCGCCAUUAUCGCCGCUGGGCUCUACGGAGUCGACCUAGCGCAUGCAACGGAACGGAACGCUCCCGCUCCCUCCGAAUGGGUCUACACCGAAAUGAUCGUUGCUUUCUCUGCCAUCACAUGUGCUAUACAUGCUCUCGUGACUGUCAAGCGCGUCUUGUGGUCUCUGUGGGAUGGCGUUCUCUUUGUAUUCUGGCUGGCACAAGUGGGCGUCUUCGGAAGUAUCUACUACACUUCGCCCGUCAAACCGGAAUAUGAGAAAGUCACACAAUGUGUUCUUCGUAUGAAAGCGGCUGUCUGGAUUGAUGUCGUUAAUGUGUUGCUAUGGUUCCUGACUUUCGUUUUUGGGGUGGCUUGGUGUAUUCGUGCUCGCAAGAUUACUCGCCGGACGGAUAAGAUGGGGAGUAUUCAAGAUGUGGAGAGAUUAGGAGAGCAGGAAAAUGGAUAUGAAGCUCUCAAGCAAAGUUACUUGGAGAAGGGUGGAGAUGAAGAGGAUUCUGAGAAAUUGGAUGAGAAGUUGGAUGAGAAGCUGGACAAGAAAAGCUGGACAUGA